AUGCCUUCCAAUCGCGGUACACGAUCUCUCGAUGAUCUCCCCAACAGCAGUCUCGAGGACCGUUUCAGAUCUUUCAGAGAUGACCAUCAGCUUACCGGCGACACGUUGGCAAACGCGUUCGGUCGAAUACGUGACAUUGAGGACAGAGGAAGUCCUCAUUCCAAGGAUCGAUCAGCUAAUAUUGAAGGUGUCGUUCAAGAAAGCACCUCGGGGCUGUCUACGGAGCCUUAUCCAACUCACCCCAAUCAUUCGAUUUCCUCCUCAAAUGCAACCGCUGAGCGAUCUUCCCGUCACUUGACCGCUUCUCACCAGUCUGGCAGCCGAAAGACCAUCACGCGGCAAAGAGCUGAAGAAAUAAAAUCGCGAACACCAGAAGGGUUAUGUCCAUCAGAGCAAUACACGAUCAGAAUGACGGGUCGUUUCAAGUAUUGGCCCGAAAGCAAGCACUUCAACUAUACAUUCAACGUCCACCCCCUUCAUCCCUCGGACGAUACGCCUGACUCAAUGGCUUUCCAGGCCAGAUCCGAUUUGCAAGAGAGAUAUACCGAGUUUACAAAGAGGCGGGAACGUAUUCCCACGAGAAGCGAAGCUCCCAAACCCGCAGCUGACUUUUAUCGUGAUGGUCUCAAAUCGGUAAUUCAAGGAGUUAACGGUAGAUAUCCCGCCGUGCGAUUCAAGUUCGAACAUCAGUCGGGAGAUUUCAAUGCGCCUCAACCCUCAUCUGAGAUCGUCAAUAUUACCACCGAUCAAUCCCCUGCGUCGACUGAUCCGACCAGCUCGAGAAUUUCGAGACCCUCUGAACGACGGCCACAUCUACGCACACGAGAAUCCUCUCAGGGGCAUUACUUCAGAAACUUUUUCCGUACAGAACCGUAUUCACAAUCUACAGGAGAGCCUCCGGAACAAAGUCUUCCAUUCGACCUUGGAGAGGAUACGCAAGCUCAUACGCUUCGAUGGCGAGGUUCUGGUUUCCUCGCAGAAAGACAAUCUGCUCUAUUUGGUACGCUGUUCAGGUCAGGAAAUUCGCGCCACGAUGAAGACGAGACCGGGGAAGAUGUGAUGGCACUAUUUGCCAAUUUCACGGGGCCUAUUGAUAAUCGUCUUAUCAGAAAUAGUCGACGUUCAUCUGAUGACCUUGCUCGCAGAAGGGCUCUUUUAGCGAGGGCAGAAUUGAGGUCUUCGUAA